CCGCAGAAAAUUAUUUUGCAUCUAAUUUUAAAUUAUUGUCACACUUGUUAAAAAUGUAGGCGGGGGUUUAUUUGUAAAGAAACUUUCCCAAAAUUCAGCGGAUAAAUGCACAAGGCAGAACACUCCGGGCCUGAGUCUUUGUGUUGAGUUCCCAGAUGGCCACAGCUGCCUCCUGCAUCGCCUUCUGCUAUCAAUGUGUACACUUCCUGGGAGUCAUUGGUUGUUUUUGUUGUCGUAGAGUGCAGGACUGGGGAUUUCAGUUGACCAGAAUUGUUGACCACGAGUUGUUUUACUUUUAUGGAAAUAGACUCCCACUUCUGCAUCAUCAGAGGGGAGGCACCUUCCUCCUUCCUUCUCAGUCCUGAAGAAGGGUCUCGAUUGUUUAUUCUCUCCUAUGAAAGCAACCUGACCUGCUGAUUUCCUCCAUCAUUUUGUGUGUGUUGCUUUGGUAUAAGCAAUUGUUGGAAUAUUGCAGGAAAUUAUUUGGUAGUGGACAUAUAUAGGUACUUUUUGUUGUCAUUUGAGCUGCACCGCCACCUAAUGUAAGUUGUUAAUACAGAGCAAAUACAGUUUGAUUCACAUCUUGAAACUAAAAAUGCAAGACCGAAGAUUAGAACUGCAUGAUGAAUGAACUGUGGACUCCAAUUGCAAAACAAUACAACCCAUUAAAAGCUGGAAGCAUUGAUGGGACAGAUGAGGAACCCCACGACCGAGCUGUCUCAAGAGCAAUUGCAGCCAAAUACAGACCCAAUAAGGGUGUUAUAGGAGAUCCCCACCUGACACUCUUUGUUGCCAGGUUGAAUCCUCAGACAACAGAGGAAAAGUUAAAAGACACAUUCUCCAGAUUCGGAGACAUCCGUAGAUUGAGGCUCGUGAGGGAUAUUGUCACUGGGUUUUCCAAAUGCUAUGCUUUCAUUGAAUAUAAGGAUGAACGCUCACUAUUAAAGGCACAUCGGGAUAGCAAUAAAUUAGUGGUGGACCAAAAUGAAAUAUUUGUUGAUUUUGAGUUGGAACGGACUUUAAAAGGAUGGGUCCCACGGAGAUUUGGUGGAGGAUUAGGAGGUAAAAAAGAAUCUGGCCAGCUUCGAUUUGGUGGGCGGGAUCGACCGUUUAGGAAGCCUUUCAGCCUGCCAGCACUGAAAGCAGAACUGUACACGGAGGGACCAGUUGACAAAAUGGAUAGAACACGGGAUAACCGGCAGUGGGAGAGAAGUCGAGAUCGAGAAAGGAGAAGAGAAGAGAGGGGCGAGGAAAGAGAAAAGCAUGAUGGAGAUAGAGAGCGAUACAGAAGCAGAGAACGGGAUCAUAAACGCCAAAGGGAUGAAGAUCGAUACAAAGAUGAAGACAGACACCAACGCAGGGAGAGGCAUAAAAGUCGACGGUAGAAGGCUAUUUUCUUUCUUCUACCACUAGGGAAAUAUAAAAACUCCUAACAAACAGUCUACCUAACCUUUUUAUUGUUUAAUUUAAAUGUGCAUUGUGGAAUGAAAUAUUUUAUCAUUGUUUAUUUGUAUGAACAGAUGUUACUGGCGAGGAAAGUUUCUCAGUGCUAUAUCAUUAUCUUAUUUAUAUUUAUCUAUAUACGCACACACAUAUAUAACACAUUUCCCUCAAGUUUUCAACAUUGUAUUUGGAUACAGAUGAUCCUGUUGCAUUUUGCUUAGCUAUCUGCUUUAAUAAGAUUAUAGCAAAUGUGAUAAUGAUCCUAGCAACUAUGUAUGUAUUAAUGGAUAGGGAUAAUAAUAAAAAGGAAUUCUGCCCAUCAUAAACUUUACUGAUAUAAAUCCAAUGUAGUUCUGCAAUUAUUUCUCCAAGUGAAUAAAUAACUUCCCAGUUCUCUUAUCUGCAAUUAUAGACUGUCCCUGGGUAAAGAAAUUUGGAUCAAGCUUGACUUGUGUGUAAAUCAAAGAACUGUGGCUGCUGGAAAACUGAAAUAAAAGCAGAAAAUGCUGGAAACACUGACAAAUCAGAAUCAAAAUCAGGUUUAAUAUCAUUGGCAUAUGUCAUGAAAUUUGUUGACAACAGUACAUUGCAAUACAUAAACAACAGUAAAUUACAUUAAGUAUGUAUGUGUAUUAAACAUUUUAAAUGAGUAAUAAUGUAGCAUUCAUGUUUUCAAUGUCCAUUCAGAAAAAUUGAUGGCAGAGGGGAAGAAGUUAUUCCUCAAUCAUUGAGUGCGUGCCUUCAGGCUCCUCUAACUCCACCCUGAUGGUAACAAUGAGAAGAGGUUAGGCCCUGGGUGUUGUGGGCCCCUAAUGAUGGUUGCUGCCUUUCUGAGGCAUCGCUCCUUGAGGAUGCCCUGGCUGCUGGGGAGACUAGUGUCCAUGUUGGAGCUGACUGAGUUUACAACUAACUUUAGCUUAUUUCUAUCCUGUGCAGUGGCCUCACCAUACCAGAAGGUAAUGCAGUCAGGUAGAUUGCUGUCCAUGUUGCAAGUGUCUUUGGUGACAUACUAAAUGUCCUAAAGCUCCUGUAGAAAGAGAAAUUAACAUUUCAGGUCAGAAAACAUUUGUCAACAACCAAUUUUUGACAAUCUUCUAGCUAAAAAAGUAAAUUCUGUUUCACUUUCCAUAGAUGCUGCUGAACCAGCACUUUCUGGCCUUAAUUCAGUUUUAGAGAAUGUAUUAUUUAGUAUUUAAUUUAGUUGCAUAAAUCCGUAUUUUUUUAAUAACUUGGUUGCUUGCAGUUUUCAAGGAAACAAAUUAGUAGCUUUUAUACUUGUUUUAAAUGGUGAUUUGCUGAUUUUAUUUACUCAGACCUAUUGGUUUAAAUGCACAAUAUAA